AUGAUCACCAGAGAGACAAACAUGCAUCUAAAAGCUGUGAUCUUCGCCCUUUCGCUCUCAGCAACUUUAGCAUACCCGCUACACAGUGACACCAGGGAGACGACCUGGGAACUCUCAAAAGGCAACCAGGCUCAUGAAAAGACAGACCACACUAAAGACGUCCAUAAGAUCUACAAAAGCAUCAUUGACAGCAACGGUCUCUACACCCAAGAUGACAACAGCAAAUACCCAGUGGCGGAGGAAAUGCAGCGCAAACUGGCCAUGGAGUCGGAGCGGCUGCGAGUCCGUCUGCGCCAAGAGCUGGCAGAGUUGAGGGACAGGCUAUCCCCAUCUCCAGACCACCUGAGUGCCAUCGUGGCCAGCAUAAGGGAGCGUUUGACUCCACUGACCGAACAACUCCAGAGCUCCCUCAGCAGCAGAACCCAAGAUCUUUGCAGCCACCUGAAUUUCUAUCUGCAGGGCGUGGAAACUGCAGAGGCUCAAGCAGAUCCCAGCCCAGCUCUCUAUCAAGAGGCUUCCCACUGGAUCACCCAAAGUCUGGAACACAGGAGCCUGCAGCUGACCAACAUAAUCAAUGACUUCCAUUCCAUAGCCGGCAGAGAGAUUGAACAGCUGAAAGAGACAAUCGCUCACGAGGGAGAAGCACCUGAAUCUAAGGUCUGGCAGGACGUAAGCUCCUUAUUGAGACAAGAAGUAAGUUCGCUUCAGGAGCAGGCGCAGCAAAGAGUGGGGCUCCUCAAAGCCCACCUUACAGCACAGCUAGAAUCAGACCAGCCUCGGAUGGCUCAGGCUACAGGACACGUGGAGCAGUUCUGCCAAAACGCAGCCUCACAGAGCCAGCUGCUCCGGGCACAGGUGGACAGGUUGUUUAUGUCGGUGGAGGAGAAGGUUCACGGAGCCACCGGCCUGUUUCUGCCCUCCUCCUUGUCCAUGCAGCAAGAGGGUUCUUUGCGAGAAGACUUUUCAGUGAAGCUCUCCGCUCUGAUUCAAGACAUUCUGCACUCUGUACAGUGACGAGGGCGUGCACUUGAUUUGUUCAAAUUUAACGAAUGUAUGACCCAUUUAAGUGACUCAUCUGUCCUGUAUUCUUGACCAUUUAUAUCUCCUUUUGGUUUACUGCUGAACCGUCAUGGCAAGCUGAUUGUAAAUAUUUAUGAAUAAUGUUGACUUUGUUUUGUUUUUUCAUUAUAUAUGUGUAAGAGUGAGCAUGUAUCUGUACGUUUUGUGUAUGCUGAGAGUAAAGUUUUUGAUAAAAACUG